AUGGAAAAGUUGGCAAACACCUGUCUCCUGAACUACACUUUAGCAGCUUCUUUUAGUAGAGAACACAACUUGAAAGGCGGUGUUGCAAUAUUUUAUGCAAACGGUCUAGACAUUGAGGUAGAAAAUUUGAAUGUUGACUCAUUGAGUGUGCCUCUUGUCUGUGAAAUUGCAGCAGUUAAGAUUUCCUGGUCUGGUAGAAAAGAACAUUUACAUAUCCUUGGCACCUACCUACCUCCGAGUAAUAGUUUGGAGAAAACCUCCGAGGCCUUUGAGGUUCUAUCUAGUGCCCUGGAAUCAUUGUCUGUGAAAAACUCACCGGUAGUAUUAGUCGGAGACAUUAACAUUGAUGGCCUGAAAUCUUCAAGGCAAAAAUCGGAGUUCAACGAACUGCUGGCAGAAUAUGACAUGGCAAGAAUCUUACUACCACCCACAAGGAUAACGGCAACCUCAUCCACUUCCAUCGAUACAGUGUGUUCAAACUUACGACUUAUUCCUGAUAUCAAUGUUCAGGUGCUGAAAACAGGAAUUUCUGACCAUACAGGCCAGCUUUCAGAGGUCAAUUUCAAAGUCGCCACUGUCAAUCCAACUUCUUCGGUUCGGCGCCACCUCAACACUGAGAACUCGUCCAAUUUGAAAGCACACCUGAGUUGUGAAGCAUGGGACACAGUAUAUGAAGCAUGCGAUCUAGAAAGCUCAUACAACAGCUUUAUUGGCAUAAUUGCAACGGCUCUUGACGCCACGUGUCCUCUCAAGAAAUCACGUGAUAGAAAUGGCAAACGAAAAUUUCAUUCUUACGAUAAAGAAACAAGACGUUUGAAGACCCAAUUUCUUGAUGCUCAGGAAGCCUAUGUUCUCAGUGGAAGUCAGGUUGACAAACGCCAUACGUCCGAUCUAAAAAAGCUUUACGAUAUGAAGCUGAAACAACUCAGAAAAGAUGCAAAUGCUAAGCUCAUUCAAGAAGCAGAAAAUAAAAGUCAAGCGAUUUGGAAAUCUAUAAAUUUAGAAAGGACCCAGAAAGAUUCAGGACACAAAACACAAAGGCUCAGAAUUGAUGGUACAGUUGUUACAGAAUCCGAAGCGCUUGCAAAUCAUUUCAAUGAGUAUUUUUCUACAAUAGCUGACAAAACAUUGAAUGAAAAGCAAACAGGACAUCUAUACAAAGUGCAUGUACAACCCCCUGAUGUAGAGUUUCCACUGACCGUUUUAUCCCCAACUAAUGUAAAAGAGAUGAGUGAGAUUAUUCGACAGCUAAAACCAAAAAGAUCUGCUGGGCUUGAUGAGAUCUCCUAA